UAGGGAUGCACCGAAUGUUCGGCAACCGAAAUUAUUCGGCCGAAAAUAGCCAAAAAAAGCACUUUCGGUGUUCGGCCGAAUAAGUAAAAAGGCCGAAUAAAUUUUGCCGAACAAUGACGUUAAUGACGCAAUCAAAUAACCCGCGUAGAGUGAGAGGCGCGCGCUUUAUGCAGCAAACAUGUCAGCAGUGUGGAAGCACUUUAAAGUGUCAGAGAAAGAGGCAAAAACGGCCGUUUGCAGACAUUGUUCUGCUGAAUUAUCCAGAGGGGGUGCAUCUGCAAAAACGUACAGCACUUCAAGUUUAAUUUAUCACUUAAAAUCAAGACACCCUGAACAUCAUGCAGAGUACGAGAAAGACACGGCGGCGGCAACGGCAACAGCAGCAGCGAAAAGAAAAGUAGCUCCCAGUCCUAGGACACCCACUCCAUCUGUGGCUGACUUCUUAGAAAAGGCAAAAAAGUUUGCCAAUGACAGUGCCAAAGCUAAAGGUAUUACUAAAAGGAUAAUGGAAUUCAUCGCAUUGGAUGAUCAACCAUUCUCUGUUGUAGAGGAUGUUGGAUUUCGCAGGCUUAUAGACCAUAUUGAGCCCCGUUACACCAUCCCUAGUAGACGGCAUUUCUCAGACGUGUGCUUACCUGAGAUGUAUAACGUCGUUUCAACUAACGUCCAUGAGCUUUUGGCUACAGAUAUUCCAGCCCUCAGCUUCACGACUGAUAUUUGGAGCUCGGAUGUGAGCCCCACUAGUAUGCUGAGUUUAACGGCGCAGUGGAUCGACAAAGAUUUCAAGCUACAAAAGAUUGUGCUUCACUCACAAGAGUUUAGAGGGUCCCAUACAGCUGUAGCCAUAUCUGAGGCGUUCGCCAACAUGUUUGACACUUGGCGUAUCGACCGAUCUAAAGUGCAUGCGGUAGUCAGUGACAACGCAAGAAAUAUGGCUAAAGCCAUGGAAGAUAGCAAUCUGAAAGGCAUACGGUGUAUGGCACACACAAUUCAACUGGCGGUCAACGAGGGAUUGUUGAGUCAGCGCAGUAUAGCAGAUGUGAUAGCGAUAGGCAGGAAAAUUGUUGGCCAUUUUAAACAUUCACCGCUUGCCUAUGCGCGCCUACAAUCUAUCCAAGAACAGUUCGGAAUGCCGCAAAAACGUUUCCAACAAGAUGUGAGCACAAGGUGGAACAGUACAUAUUAUAUGCUGGAAAGCCUUUUUGCGCAAAAGCGAGUCUUGGCUACAUACAUAGCAGAUCAUGACCUGCCCGCGACAUUCACCGCAUACCAGUGGGUGUUAAUCGAGAACGUUCUCUCUCUUCUCGCCCCCUUUGAGCAGAUAACAAAAGAGAUAAGCUCAUCUGAUGCAUCUGUGGCAGACGUCAUACCCUUACUUGCAGCACUAAAGCGUCUUUUAAACAAAGAGGCUGAAACAGACCACGGAGUGAAAACAGCUAAAAGUGCGCUCUUAGAAGCUGUCAGCACACGAUUUAGUCAGGCGGACUCAGAACCCCUGUACUGCAUCGCGACUGUGCUUGAUCCAAGAUAUAAAGAUCAUUACUUGGAUGUGGGGAAAAAGAUGCGCACACGAGAAAUGAUCCAGGCCGAGUUGGAUUUGGGAAAGCCGCUAGGUGAUGGAGACGGUCAGGUGAUGCACAGCGCAGGAGAUGAAAACAGCGCAGAGAGUAAACGGGCUCGUACUACAGAUGAGCCGCGCACAGUCUCGCUGUCUGACAUGUUCGAUGAGAUCCUCCAAGAGAAUAACCCAUUUGCAAGACAGAGGACAAGCUCGACCGCUCAACAGUUAGAUGGGUAUCUCUCAGAAGUCCCCAUCCCCAGGAGCAAUAACCCUCUCGAAUUUUGGAGGACCAAUCAAGGCCGCUUUCCCGACCUGGCGCAGAUGGCACGCAGGUACUUGUCUGCUCCAUGCACAAGCACCGACAGUGAGAGACUGUUUAGUGCUGCAUCUCAUGUCAUCGAUGAGAAGAGGAACCGACUUUCAUGUGAGAAAGCAGAGAAGCUACUUUUCAUAAAGAAGAACCUGCCACUUUUCCUGAAGAAGUAGGCUAAGUAGGCUUAUGUCUAGGACAGUUAUUCAUUUGUUGUGGGUUCAUCCACAUUUUUUGCACUAUUCAAUGCACAUUUGUUGUUGUAGACAUACAGAGUUACAUUCUUUCAGCAGUCAGUUAUAGGCCUAACAUAGGCUAUUCAAGAAGGGGGGCUUCAAAGAUAGCCAAUUUUUUUUUUUUUUUUUUUUUUUUUUUUUUUUACUAAUUUAUUUAUUUUAAGUUAUAUUGUGCUUUGUUUGUAUAAUAUUUGCUGGAAUGUUCAAAAAUGUUCAGUGUUAAAUAAAUAUUUUGAAAUUGUAUUUUUGUUAUUUGAUUUAUUUAUCUGAAAAGCAACACAAAAUAGUAAAAAGCAAAUUUUUACUAUUUAAUUAUUGUAAUGGUGAAAAAAUUGGCAAAAUAAAUGGAAAAAAUGCGAAACACCGCGUUCGGUAUUCGGCCUUCGGCCUUCGGCCAAGCAUUUCAUUAUUAUUCGGCUUCGGCUUCGGCCAAGAAUUUCAUUUCGGUGCAUCCCUAUAUAUAAUAUAUAUAACUGCGCAGCUCCCCCCCUGUAGCCUAAAUGAUCUAGCACACCAGCACCUGCGUUAAAAAAAAAAAAUCUGGCGCCGCCCCUGGUUAUAACGGCCCACAUAUUAAAAAUGGUCGGGUUUAAAUCGGGCUCGGGCUCAUAAUUACAGUGAACGUGUCGGGCCGGGCCGGGCUCGGACACAACGUGCUCGGGCUCGGGUAGGGUCGGGCUUGAUUUGUUGGGCCCGAUCAAAGCUCUACAGUGAUGCCAUAAAAGAACCACUUUUGGUUCCCCAAAGAACCUUUCAGUUAAUGGUAGUGCACUCUAAAAAUGCUGGGUU